AGCCCUGGGCGCGUACCCGGUGGAAGUGGAGGAGAUGAAGUCCCCCCACUCCGCUGCUGGAGACCCGGAGGAUCCGAGAUCCCCCCACCCGGCUGCUGGAGACCCGGAGGAUCCGAGAUCCCCCCACCCGGCUGUUGGAGACCCGGAGGAUCCGAGAUCCCCCCACCCGGCUGCUGGAGACCCGGAGGAGCCGAGAUCCGCCCCCUCCGCUGCUGGAGACCCGGAGGAGCCGAGAUCCCCCCACCCGGCUGUUGGAGACCCGGAGGAGCCGAGAUCCCCCCACCCGGCUGUUGGAGACCCGGAGGAUCCGAGAUCCCCCCACCCGGCUGCUGGAGACCCGGAGGAGCCGAGAUCCGCCCCCUCCGCUGCUGGAGACCCGGAGGAGCCGAGAUCCCCCCACCCGGCUGUUUGGAGACCCGGAGGAGCCGAGAUCCCCCCCCUCCGCUGCUGGAGACCCGGAGGAGCCGAGAUCCCCCCACCCGGCUGCUGGAGACCCGGAGGAGCCGAGAUCCGCCCCCCUCCGCUGCUGGAGACCCGAAGGAGCCGAGAUCCGCCCCCUCCGCUGAUGGAGACCUGGAGUGUCUGAUCUGCUGUCACCGCUACCGCUGUGAGCGGCCGCCCAAAGUGCUGACCUGCCAGCACACCUUCUGCGCCGUGUGCCUGAAGCUCCUCCUGACGGUCCGCGAGGACUCGUGGAGCGUCGUCUGCCCCCUGUGCCGCGCGGCCACCUCCGUGCCGGGGGGGCUGAUCUGCAACCUCCGGGACCAGGUGGAGAUCGUGGAGAGGCUGAGGAGGCUCGGUCCGGAAGUCCAGCUCUCUCCCCAAUACCUGGCCCGGCCCGCGGGAGGAGAGGGGCCCGGCGCGGGGGGCGAGACUGGCGAGGACUCGGAGAGUGUCAACCGGGUGGCCGCCCGGAGGCUGGUCGUCCACCUGCUGCUGCUGGGGCUUCUCAUCUUCCUCAUCCUCCCUUUCGUCUACCCCAGCAUUUUCGGCUGGCUCCUGGUCUCCUUCAUGUGUACGGCUCUGUUUCUCUCCUCCGUGUUCUGCUGCCUCCCGGGCGGCAGCUGCUGCUGUAGCCCUGCCAAACCCCUCCUCCCGGGGCAGCAGAAACACAGCCAUGUGGCUUCCAUUGCCUGACGGCUCCCAAGAGAAGGCUCCUUCCAGCCAGAGACUUCUGUGUCUCCCAAGGAAUAAGAAGCAGUGGGGGUCCUCUCCGAGACAAGGGAGUCCCGUUUGCCUCCCGCCGGAAGCAAAUAUUCCUCUGCCUUAGGGGAUCCAAACACUGGAAGGGGGUCUGGUUCCAUGGGGGGGUGUUUGGACCCAACAGCUUUUGUUUACCCACACCGGCUGACUGCCAGUCCCCGACCUUCUCGGUGGAGAUGGGAACCAAUGGGUGAUGGGAAGAGUACCCUAGGAGUAUUGCUGUAUUUAUUUUUUACCUUGAACUGGAACAAUGAUAACUGGGUGGGUUUUUCAUUCUGUAUUUAUAAAAUGAAAGGGUUGGACCUCCACCAAUUCUGACAAACUUUGUUCUGAUAGUCUUCAUUCUAGGGUCCCUUCCAAUGAUAACAAUCUGUGUUUUAAGACUUCUAGUCUAAUGUUCCAUGUUCUAAGACCCUUCCAACUCUCAUGUUCUAUGUUCUAAGGUCCUUCCCAGCUCACUCUUAUAUUUUCUAUCCUUUGGAGAUCUACUCUCUGAGGUCCCUUAGAGUUCUGACAACCUAUGAAUCUAUAGUUCUGUGAGUCUUAUCCAGAGAAGAACUGAUUCAUGUGUUUCCUGGUAUUUGGAUCCCCAUUUAAACUUUGUCAUAAAGAUAAGAAAAACCAUAAAAACAACAGUACUUACCGCCAACCUCGCCCCUUUCCAUUGACGGUUUAUCUGGAAAGUUUAUGUUUAAUGUGUUUCAUCUUGGGUGAAGGCCAUUGUCAGAUGAAGGUUCUUAGACCCCUCUAUUGCACAAGCCUAUUGGUUGAUGCCUUCUUUGUAAGUUGACUGAUUUCUCUGAGUAGAUUGAUGGUCAAAAUUAUCUUAUGUGUCUAUAUUUAUUCAAAAAGAGACCUUUGGAACCAUUUUUUAGCAAAUAGCCUCCUCCAAAAAAAAAGAACCCACCCUUUUGUCCACCCAAAAAAACCCCCCAAACCUUAGAUGGUCCAAAUAUGCCCUCAGUACAAUGGGUUUGCUGGACAUGUUGGAUAAUGGGGCUCUCCAGAAUGUUUCAGGAACUUUUUUUUCUUAUCACCUCCAACUCAGAGUAGCUCAUGAAGGGUCAGGAUGUGUUGGAAAACUCUAAGCCAACUUAACGGUGUCUUUAGGUCUUUGAUGUUUUGGGUCUCUGGGGAACAUGGAGAAUGAGGAAGAUAAGAUUUUUGACAUUUAACCAUUGAUUCCUCUUGGGAAGAAAUGCAAGGCAGUUACUAGGGCUAGAUGAAUCUCCUACCUGUUCCCAAGAUAAAAUAAUUCUUUAUUCCUGUUAAAAUGAGAAACUUGAACCAGAGGAAUCAUAAGGUCUUUUCCAGUUCUAACAUCCUCUAUUUUAAGGACCUUCCCAGUUCUAACCUGUUUGUAAAGGUCUCUUCCAGCUCUGACAUUCUGUUCUAAGGACCCUCCCAACUCCGACAUCCCAUGUUCUAAGGCCCUCCCAGCUCUGACAUCCCAUGUUCUAAGGCCCUCCUAGCUCUGACAUCCUGUGCUCUGUGCUUCUAUGAUUUCCAGCAGGAACACAACUGAGUCUUCUAGAAAAACUCAGGACUUG